AUGUCGAAGCCAGUAAUCCUACACCUUGGCGACCCCAUAAAAUAUAACCCAGCCCUAUACUCCACCUUCAGCUCCCACUUCACCAUCGUUCGCCCAUCACUCUCUGAACUACGCCGUGAUGAAUUCAAGACGGCGCUACGCGAGAACCGCUUCGGCUCAUUCCACGCCCUCUUUCGCCCUUUCUGGAACACGGGUGGCGAAAUGGGCCGCUGGGACAAAGAGCUCAUCGACCUGCUCCCGAAAUCAGUGAAGAUUUUCGCCUCUGCCGGGGCCGGGUUCGACUGGGUUGAUACACAGUAUUUGGCUGAAAAGGGUAUCCUGUAUUGCAACGGCGCCGCCGCGUCCUCCGAGUCCGUAGCCGAUAUGGCCCUCUUCCUUAUUCUGGCCUCGUUUCGAAACCUUGCUUGGAGUCAUAGUGCAGCAGUAUCGCAAAAUCCGCGGGCGUUCUUGGACGCACAUCAGAAUUCUCCACUGACAGCGCGGAACCCUAGAGGCCACAGUUUAGGUAUCAUUGGGAUGGGUCAGAUCGGGUUCAUGAUUGCGAAGAAGGUGUACGCGGCAUUUGGGAUGCAGAUCCUCUAUCACGAUAUUGUGCGCAAGUCCCAGGACAUAGAGAGGAGCGUGAAUGCGACGUUCUUCGAGAGUCUGGAUGAUAUGCUGGCUGAGUCAGACUGUGUUAUUGUUGCGACGCCGUUUGCCGGGAAGACGCUGCUGACGGCUGAACUGUUCGACAAGUUCAAGCGGGGUUCGCGGUUUGUGAAUAUUGCGCGGGGCUCUCUAGUUGAUGAGGGGGCCCUGGUAGGGGCGUUGGAGAGUGGCAUUCUGAUGGGCGUAGGUAUGGAUGUGCAUGCGGACGAGCCGAAUGUGCAUCCAAGGCUUGCGAGCCAUCCGAAAGUCAUGAUGAUGAGCCAUAAUGCUGGUGGUACAGUGGACACGCACAUUGGGUUUGAAAGGCUGGCGAUGGAGAAUAUACUGGCUUUUUUUAAGGAAGGGAGGGCUAUGACGCCGGUGAAUGCGCAUCUAAUCAAGCCGAAGAGUGUGCUGUAG